UUGAAUGGUCCCGGGAGUAAAAGGCUCAACAUUUGGCAUGUCUCCACCUCGCUGGACUCAGCCAUUGUUCCCCCCGGCUCCGGGGAUUUUGGCCACAGGAAUCUGCUGCACAGAUGACCACGUGAUCCGAGGAGCAGCGGUGUCCAAGUUUCCAGUGAUCUUGGGACACCAGGCGGCAGGGGUCGUGGAGGAUACUGGUGAAGGGGUCACCACAGUGAAGCCAGGUGGGCGACAAGUCAUCCCUCUCUUCCUGCCUCAGUGCCGAGAAUGCAGCGCCUGCCGCCACCCGAGGGCAACCCGUGCCCUCACGGGCCGCGGGGUGCUGGCCGACGGUACCAGCAGGUUCACGUGCAGGGGCCAGGCCGUGCGCCACUUCGUGAGCACGAGCACUUUCACCGAGAACACCGUGGUGGAUGAGGCAUCCGUGGCCAAGAUCGACGCUGCGGCGCCUCCCGAGAAGGUCUGUCUACUUGGCUGUGCGUUUUCCACGGGCCGCGGAGCUGCCGUCAAAGUUGGCAAGGUGACCCCCGGCUCCACCUGUGCCGUCUUCGGCCUGGGAGGCUUGGGCCUCUUGGUCGUCAUGGGGUGCAAGUUGGCCGGCGCAGCCAGGAUCAUCGGGGUCGACCUCAACAAAGGCAAGUUUGAGAAGGCCCUGGCUGUGGGGGCCACUGAGUGCCUCAGCCCCCGGGGCUCGGCCAAGCCCGUGAGCGAGGUGCUGGCGGAGAUGACAGGCAACACUGUGACCCACAGCUUCGAGGUCAUCGGGUGUCUUGAGACCAUGGUGGACGCGCUGGCCUCCUGCCACAUGAGCUUCGGGACCAGCGUGAGGGUGGGCGUCCCGCCCGCCCUGCAGAAACUCACCUGCGACCCCAUGCUGCUCUUCACCGGCCGCACCUGGAAGGGGCGCGUGUUUGCAGGCUGGCAGAGCAGAGAUGAUGUCCCGAAGCUCGUGACUGACUUCCUGGCCAAGAAGUUUGAUCUGGACCCGCUGAUCACCCACGUCCUGCCUUUCAAGGACAUCAACAAGGGCUUUGAGCUGCUCCACUCAGGACAAAGGGACGUCCUUCCUUCUCCUUAGACGGCAAGAGGACAAACUUGGGAAAUGCAAGACAGAGGAGUGCUUAUCUGGUGGGGCCGGCAGGGAGACCUGACCUGAUCCACUGCAUCCAUCUCCACUACCAGGC